CGUGACGUACAACUAGCGCGCUUAUCAUUUGUUUUAAAAAAGUGUAAUGUCAUGCAAACCUACAAAAUUUUGUCUCGUUUUGUGGAAAAAUACUAAAUGUAAAACAUACUCAAUUCUGCCAGAAAAUCGGAUAAGGACAAUUAAAAAAGGAAUUUUUGAAGCAAAGUGGAGAAACAAAUAUUACCCUGCAAGAAUCUUACAAAAAAGUGGGAGUUAAUUCAACAAUCAUCGAUUUUUGAAAAUUAUGGGGAAUCAUCCAUGUGUAAUAUGGACACUCGUUUACUGUCUCCCUCUAAUAAUUUGGACGAAUCUGAGGAGGAUUCCAGUACUGAACCUCCUAAUUCUGAAAUCAAUGCUGAAGAUUUUGGUUCACAACAAAACCUCAAGAAAGGUUCACCAACAAAACCAGACAACGGCCCGGAUUCAAAUGCUCCAAGUGGUUCGCAUUUCAAUGACAGUUUUGCUUCUCAACAGGAUGACGAAGAAGUCACUAUUGAAAAUAUACGUUUUUUGGAGGGGAUUUUGAGAUGGUCAAAAGAUAAAUUCAAAGAACAAACUCGUCAAGACUAUGACAGUAUCACUGGACAGCCCUCAAGUUCUCAGGUACCGGUUAUGGAAGAAAACCCAAGAAAUAAAGUCCUUGGAACGUAUCGAAUUAAAGGACUUGGAAAGGUUGAAAUUGCUCCUGACACAAAUAUUUGGAUGGACAAAGUGGAACUCGAAUUUAUUAAAACAGAAUUUCGAAAAAAUCCAAAAGAAAUGGCACGAAAACUGAUGAAAAAUUUGCUGGGUGAAAAUAACCUAAUUAACAUGUCGCCAACUGGAAGAGGAGAUCAUACGGCCAUACCUAAACAAGUCCUAGAUAAUGUUGAAUGUGAGUUUUACGAAAGUAGAAAAAAAUAGUCUGUCUUACAAUAAACAUUCA